CUAAAGGCAAAAAACAAUAAUCAGGUGUUGGAAUGGAUACCUUACAACAGAUUUAGGGAUUUAACUUUCGUUGCGAGAGGAGGAUUUGCGAGUGUUUAUUAUGCGAUCUGGGUUGAUGGAUUCAUUAGAAAGUGGGAUCACAAGGAAGGUAAAUGGGAAAGAAAGGGUAGGUGGAAGGUGGCUUUAAAGGUUCUGGAUUGUUCCAACAAAGUGACCCCGGAGUUCUUUGCGGAGUUGUACGAAACAUUUUACCGAUGGUAUUGGGAUUUGCGCGAUGGAAAAGUGACGCCAGUUAGCACAGCAUUCAUAGCCGCGGACGAUAACAUGCCUCAACCGGACACGCCGGCCUCGAGCCGGCCAGUCACUCAGACGCAUCCCCUUGCGAUAUAUACGAGUCGAUUGCUCAACUUUUCUAACCUACCGGAGCCUGUUAAUGCACCCUCGUCACAAUACGGUCGUUCAUCCACCACCAGCAACGAAAAUCCCAAUAAUAGAAAUGACGAAGAAACUGAUGCUUACGUCACGAGGCAAUAUGAGAACGAUCUUAUAUUAGAACCCGAAGCUCUCGCGACCAGUAAAAUAAAAGACGAAGAGGUGGCGGUGGUCGAAUGUUGCACUUCCUCAACUCCAAUCAAGAAGGAAUUUGAAACCAAAGCCGUCAAAAGGGAGCUCGAGUACAUCGAGAUCAAGGAUGAGGAUGACCACAAAUCCAUGUACCCAUCAACUUUCUUAUAUCCAACAACCGUGCGUCCAACACCCUCCCGUCGUAACCAUGGCAAUGCUACUGCAACUGCGCCUCACAGGAACACUCAAGAUUGGACGGAGGCCGAGGAUUAUGCGUUAUUGAGCGGAAUCCAAACUCACGGUGGAAAAUGGUCGAUCAUCUGUCGCGAGAUCGAUACGGGAAGGACGCCGGUUCAAUGCUUUAGGAGGUGGAAUAAGAUGGAGGUUUCAUUGAACUUUGGAAGUGGCGACGAGAAUUGGCAAAGUUUCGUGUUGCUUCACGGCGAUGCCAACGAGGGACCAAACAAGGGUGGCGGAGAACUCAACGUGAUUUCCAUAGUCGACGGAAAACAGACCGAUCAAACCAAUAAUCGUGACGAUAAUUGUGGAGAAGAACACGGUGUUCAAGGCAUCGACAGCUAUCAACAAAUUCAAGGUGGAAGCCACCAAGACCCAAGCGGCGUAGAUCUUGAAAGGGCAAUGGACAAAGAAAAAGUCAACGGGAUUCUUUGGUGGAUAGAAAGAGAGGUUCCGGCAUAUCAGGAAUAG